CAUGUUCGGAGUAGUAUCGGCGGCGCUAGGGCCGCUGCAGCCGCCGGGCGGGGGUCGCCGCUGAGUCGGGCGGGAAGGGGGGCCCUGGGGCUCCGGGCCGCUGCCUCGGGGGGACCCCAAGCGCGAGGGAGGGAGAACCGAGUCCGACCCCAACUUCCUGCCGGGACUUCGGUACCAUGCCUAGCAGAAUGGGAUCAAAAAUGAAUCUCAAUGGAGACUUCAUCAGAGUAAAAGCACAUUAUAAUGGGGACAUCCUAAUAACAAAUUUGGAUGCAUCAAUGAACUAUGGUGAACUUUCUGAUGAAGUGAGGGAGAUGUGCAGUUUGCAACAGGAACAGCCAAUUACCCUGAAGUGGAUUGAUGAUGAAGGUGAUCCGUGUACUAUCUCAUCUCAGAUGGAACUGGAAGAAGCCUUCCGUUUGUAUUGUCAUCAUAGAGAUGAAGGGCUCAUUAUUCAUGUUUUCCCCAGCAUUCCAGAGAAACCAGGCAUGCCAUGUCCAGGAGAAGACAAAUCAAUCUACCGACGUGGAGCAAGAAGAUGGAGGAAGCUCUACCGAGUGAAUGGGCAUCUGUUUCAAGCCAAACGCUUUAACAGAGUGAGUACUGUUGCUAAAAAUGCCAUUUUUGGGGUAAUGCUCUGCAGUCAUUGUUUUUUCAGC